GUGACUGUCAUAUUACUGUGUUAAGUGGGAUACUAGUUACUACAUAAUACAUUGUCAAGAUGUCGUCCGAACUGUCUCCGGUUGGUGAGGCAGAGCUUGUCAAGCGGGCGCGGCAGAGGUUCGCCGAGGUGUACGGCGGAGCACCCGCGGCGGGGGCGGCGGCGCCGGGCCGCGUCAACCUCAUAGGGGAACACGUGGACUACUGCGAGGGAUUUGUGUUGCCCGUUGCACUCCCAUUCCUUACUGUGGUGGUUGGAGGCUUCAACGGCAGCACCGAGUGCCGGGUGCUCUCCAUCUUGGCUGAUGGAGACGAGGUGAAGACCAGCUUCCCCGCAGACGCCAGCUGCCUGAUACCUGGGGAGCCGGCCUGGGCCAAUUAUGUCAAGGGAGUCAUCGUCAUGUUUCCAGAGAAGGUGCCAGGUUUCGACGCGGUGAUAAUAUCAGACGUGCCCAUGGGCUCCGGAGUGUCAAGCAGCGCGUCGCUGGAGGUCGCCUUCUUCACGUUCCUUGAGGCACUCACUGGGAAACGUUUUGAUCCAGUGAAAAAGGCAGAGCUGUGUCAGAAGGCGGAACACGAGUUCCCGGGCAUGCCGUGCGGCAUCAUGGACCAGUACAUCGUCACCAUGGGCCGGAGAGACCAUGGUCUACUCAUUGACUGCAGGUCGCUCCAAGCCACGCAAAUCCCAAUCAAGAUGGCGGACGCGGUGAUCCUCGUAGUGGUGUCGAACGUGAAGCACCAGCUUACUGGUUCGGAGUACCCACAGCGGCGACAGCAGUGUCAUACAGCUGCUCAACUGCUGAACUACCCCUCCCUCCGUAGCGCGACCAAGGAGGACUUGACGCGUUUGAAGUCAAUAUGUGAUGACGUGUUGGUAAUAAAGCGGGCUACACACGUGGUGGAAGAAAUCGCGCGGACGACGCUUGCCGCAGAGUUACUCGCUAAGCAGGACUUAGAUGGGAUGGGCUCCCUACUGUACCAGUCUCACGAGUCCCUGCAGCACCUGAUGGAGGUGUCCUGCGCCGAGGUGGACCAGCUCGUGGACAUAUUCCGUCGGGCUACCGGUGUGUACGGCGCGCGCAUGACGGGGGGAGGCUUCGGCGGUUGUGUUAUUGGCCUGGUGAAGCAGCAGUGUGUGGACGGUGUGAAGCGCCAGAUCCAGGCGGAGUAUCGCGGCCGGCCCGUGUUCUUCGUGUGCCACCCCAGUGACGGCGCGAGGGUACUGCGAGUGUGAUGGCAAUACAUUUUGUACUUUUCUA